AUGGUCUGUGGUGGCAUGGAUGGUGCAAUAAUAAAUGGUGACCUGAGUCGUGGAAUCGAGAAUUUAUCGUGUGUUCGAUGUCAUGAGCGAUUCGAUUUACACGAACAGAUUGUGAAUUCAUCCGGUCAAGUAUGGCAUUCCGAUUGUUUUGUAUGUGCACAAUGUUUUGGACCAUUCCCCGAUGGAAUUUAUUUUGAAUUUGAAGGUCGUAAAUAUUGCGAACACGAUUUUCACGUAUUAUAUGCGCCUUGUUGUAACAAAUGCAAUGAAUUUAUCGUUGGUCGAGUUAUUAAGGCGAUGAAUGCGAAUUGGCAUCCACAAUGCUUCCGAUGUGAACUUUGCAAUAAAGAAUUGGCUGAAGUUGGAUUUCUUAGGAACAGUGGCAGGGCAUUAUGCAGGGAAUGUAAUGAAGCUGAAAAAGAGGCUGGUAUGGGUCGAUAUGUUUGCCACAAAUGUAAAGGAUUUAUUGAACUGGGUGCUCAUAUCAAAUAUCGUGGCGAUAGCUUUCAUCCUUAUCAUUUUCAGUGUAAAAGAUGCGAAACUGAACUUACGGUCGAUUCACGGGAAAUAGGUGGAGAACUUUAUUGCCUUAGAUGUCACGACACGAUGGGAAUACCGAUUUGCAGUGCUUGUCAUCGCCCAAUCGAAGAGCGAGUUGUCACUGCACUCGGUAAAAAUUGGCAUGUUGAACAUUUUGUUUGCGCUGUUUGUGAAAAACCUUUUCUUGGACAUAGACAUUAUGAAAAAAAAGGACUUGCUUAUUGUAGUCAACAUUAUCACAAGUUAUAUGGGAAUGUAUGCUUUAAAUGCGGAAAAAUAUGUAGUGGUGAGGUGUUCCAAGCCCUACGUAAAUCUUGGUGUGUCGAUUGUUUCGCUUGUAGUUUUUGUGAUCGAAAAAUGGACAGCAAAACGAAGUUCUAUGAAUUUGAUAUGAAGCCAACGUGUAAGCGAUGCUAUGAUCGUUUCCCAACCGAACUUAAGAAACGCAUAAGUGACAGUUUAAAAGAAAGGGAUAUUGAGACGGAAAGAAAUCGUACACUUCAAAGGCGAUCUAUGAGUCCAAAUAUAACAAAUCGAAAUGCUCCCCGACGAUAA